UCCUUAAUUCACAAAUUAAAUAGUUUUAUUACGGAGAUCAAACCCUGAAUCCUAAUUUCACUUAAGCACCCGAUUCCGAAUCCAAUGGCUAUCAAUGCUUCCUCUCCCAAUCAUCCUCCCGUUGCCGCUGCCGUUGCCGUUUCUGCACCGUGGAGCCAGAUUGUCGCCUCCGCUGCACCUCAUUCCUCCUCUUCACCGCCUCCUUCCACCACCGUUGUCGUUGACACUCCCUCCGUCACUUCGGGGAUGGAACACAUCGACAUUAACUCCUGUGAAAACAAUGCCAAUAUUGUCGGGAGGAUUGUUUGGAACAAACCCUCCAAUGCUGCUUCUUCUUCGGUCAUGGAUGCUGAAUCAUGGCCUGCCUUAUCUGAAUCUGCCAAAGCUACGGUGAAAUCACCACCACCGCCACCACAAGAAGUGGGGCAAACUUCCUUGGAUGCAUCAACCUUGCCUCAAUUGCAGGGUACUGGAACCAUGCUCCCCUUUCCACGUGACCGAGUUAGGGAUACUCCAAGUAUGAAUAAUAGACCUCCAAUGCCAGUUCAUCAGAGGCCUUAUAGGCAUCCGAAUCCGAACGUGACUUCCAAUGGAGGCCACCUGCCUCAAGGUUCUUUUGCUGUCCCACCAGGUUCUCACAACCAUAACUCUGCUCCAAAUCAUUAUCCACCUAGAGCGGUAUUUGUGCCUAAUGAUGCUCAACCGCAUCACCGAAAUUCAUUCAAGUACCGAAGUGGUGGUCAGCAUCAACGUGGACGUGGAGAUGGUUUUCAUAAUCAAAACUAUGGGAACAGGCCUGGAAAUCAGGACUGGAUUGUUCACCAAAGAAAUUUUAACACUAUAGACAAUUAUAGUUGUCCAAGAUUUGUUGCACCCUUUGUAAGGCCUCCACCGCCUGUUCAAUAUUAUGUUCCACCACCACAACUAGUAUGGCCUUUUGGAGGCUCAUAUGGAUAUCACGAACCACCCCCUCAAAUGGUAUAUAGUUCAUCUAUGCCCAUGGAGCCAUCAAGAGGGGUUCCAUUUGUGUCAGAACCACCCCCUCAAGUGGUAUAUAGCUCAUCUAUGUCCAUGGAGCCGUCAAGAGGGGUUCCAUUUGUGUCAGAACCACCCCCUCAAGUGGUAUAUAGUUCAUCUAUGCCCAUGGAGCCGUCAAGAGGGGUUCCAUUUGUGCCAUCAAUACCACCUAACACAAUGCUAUAUGAACCUAUUGAUCCAAAAUUGUAUACUAAGAUUGUCAAUCAAAUUGACUACUAUUUCAGUGAUCAGAAUUUAAUCAAUGAUGUUUACUUGAAAGGGAUAAUGGACGAUCAGGGCUGGGUUCCUUUAAAUUUAAUAGCCAGCUUCAAACUAGUCGCGCAUUUGACUGAAGAUAUUCAGGUUGUAUUUGAUGCUGUUCAAACUUCAUCCGUGGUUGAAAUGCAGGAUGGCAAAAUAAGGAGGCGGCAUGGUUGGUGGAAAUGGAUCACGCCUUCUACUCAGUCUGAAAAUGUUACAGGCUCUGAAGCUGUUGGAGAGCUGGCAAAUAAAGUCCAAAACAUUGAUCUGGAGACAAACUGAAAACCUAGAUCACUCAGCAUCUGCAAAAAAAUUAGAGGGGUGCAGAUGCUCCUUAAAACCAUUGUGAUGGAGGAUAUUCUUUGGAAGGAAGCGGGAUCUAACACGUUCUGAAUUAUUUCAUACAACAAGGUGGGACAUGAUUUCUCAAGAUGUAAAUAUGUGAUUGAGAAACGAAGAGAAGGUAUUUUCUCUUAUUUACACUUUUGGUCCGUUUAUUUUCACUGAUUCACACUGUUCUAGUCUUCUGCUUUUAAAUUUGUAAAUAUAGUCAUCCAGUUUUUAAUCUUAUUUUAUUUUUCAUAUCAUUGAAGUAUUAUUUUAUUUAAUAGAAAAACAAAAAUAUGAGAACCUAGUAAAAAAUCAUUUUUUUUCUUCUUUUCCUUAGUCUAUUACUUCCGACUUUUGAUUUUUCCUUUAUAUUUUUAAACUGAUUUUAGCUUAUAGAAAAAAUUCCAAAAAAUAUGCAUUAUCACACCAACUAAUUAUUUUUAGCUUAUUAUUCCACAAUGUACACAUAUCAAAACUACAUUGUGUAAAAAUUUCAGAAAUUUUAAAAAUUAGGGGACUAUAUUUGAAAAUUUAGAAAUCCGGGGACUAAAACCGUGAAUCAUUUGGACUAAAAAGUUUAUUGAAGUGACCAAUUGGUGAGAACAGACUCAGAAAAUGCGCAUUUACAUUUUCUCUGUUAUGGAGCUAGUAGCAUGACUGGUAUUUGUACGCGGUGCAAUGUUCCUCCCCUCGGCUGCUUAAUCUUUGGGGCCAUCUUCCCACCAGCUCUGGAGGGUUAUGUGCGAGAUUAUUAUGGGUGCUCAGUUGAAUGAGUUUGAUGCAUCUAAUGGUUCAUUCACUGAAUGAAGGAGAAAGAUGGAAUGAGAUUUCUGCAGACGGUGCUUGUCAUGCAACUGCUUUAUAUAAUAAGCUCAUCACAUUUGAAUGACUUCAAUAAUGUUCACAUCUUUUUUUUUUGCUUUUGGCUUAGGCAUAAGUUGCUCAUGAAUGAUGUCCUAUUUUAACGUACGCUCUCUAGAUUACUGCUGUGUACAGUUGGGAUUUUGUCAAUUUGUUUAAUCCAUUCUCUUUUUGUUCCAUC